AUGAAUUUAAUUUGGAUAUUUUUCACCUAUAUGAAAUUUUAUAAACUCAUCUCAUCCCAUCGCUACUCAUCUCAUCACAACUCGAGGCAGUUUAUCGAGGUAGAAUCGAGGUCCACGAGUAUAAAUACUAUGAGAAAUGAGAAACAUGGCAUUCGAAUUCCUGGACCUUUACUUGACGAGUUGAAGGAGCAGAAUUACGGCGAUGACGCUCGUUUUAACGGCGGAAAACGGAAACGGAAAACACAACUUGGCAGGAAGGAAAGACGCAAGCAGCAGCGCCAGGACAAGCGAAACAAGGUCGCUGGAGGCGCUAGAACUGGGGAAACAGUCGAAAACGGCUCGAAAAGCGUCAAAAAUGGUCCAAAAAGUGGAAAACUGCCGAAAUUAGCGAAAGCUACAAACAGGGAAAGUCCAGAAACUGGGAAAAUAGCCGAAAUAAGUGGGAAACCCGGCAAGAAGUCGUCAGGGAAAAAACCAGCAGCAGAAGAGCUGUCCGAUGCUGAGAAACUGCCGUUCUCGUCCGAUGACGAGCUCUCUUCGGGAGAUUUCGAAGAGUUUGGCAGUGAGGACCUAGAUGCUGAAGAGUGGGAGCAACUGAACGAGCUGGAACAGGAAAAUGGACACAGUAGUGAGCAAAGUGGCCAAGACUACAGUGAGGAGGAAGAAGAGGAAGUGGAUGAGGAAGAGGAUGACGAAGACGGCGAACAGGAUACUGAGAUGAGCGUGGAAGAGACAAUGUUAGCAUUGAAACGUGUCAAACAGAAAAAAAGUGCAGGCCGUCAAGAAGCUGCUGAAAUGACCCCUGAGGAAACAAUGCGGGCCCUGAAGAAAGCCAAAGAGACCGCCAAAUCGCGGACCGUCGAAGACUCACAAGAUUCAGAUUCAGAGCCUGAAAUGUCCGUCGCCGAAACUAUGGAAGCGCUCAAAAGAGCCAAAGAAAACAAGAAAAACAGUAAACAGGGUCAACCUCAGCUCAAAACUACCGCAUCACCUAAAAAGGCCCACGUCGCACCCCCAUCGCUAACGCCAUCACAGCUAGCACAAGCCGAAAAGGACAAAUGGGAUCAUGAUUACUAUGCCAAGAAGCUGGGUCUCAAAGGGAAGCAAAAGAAUUUGAAGGCUAGCAACGAAUUUGACGCUAUCGGUGGUCUACUUGAGGGUCUGGACUUUUUUGAAAACUACGACAGUGAGGAUUCUCAAAGUGGUGAAGCUGAAGAAGAAGCACAGAGUGAAGUUUCCGAAGAGGACCAACGAAAUGGCCGCGAAAGCGAGUCUCAAAGCGAAGCAGGCGAAAACCCAUUUUCCUCCGAUGAUGAGAUCUCUGAAGGUGACUUCGACGAGUUUGAUGAGAACGACUUGGACGAGCAAGAGUGGAAAGAUCUGCAUGAGCUCGAAGGUCAGGGUUCUGAUCAGAACUCUGAUCAAGAAACGUCUUCAAAGCGGGAAAACCCAUACGUCGCUCCUGCCGCUGAACCCGUCGCGUACGUUCCACCAUCGUUGCGUCGGAAAAACCUGGGCGAUGAUAAAUCUCAAAGUGUCAUUGAACUUCGUAAAAAGGUCAAAUCCUCUCUCAACAAACUCUCGGGAUCUAAUAUCACAGUCAUUGUGAGCUCCUUAAGCGAGAUCUACGACUCGUAUCCGAGACAGCAUGUUAACGACGCUCUCGCUGACCAAACCCUCGAAAUCGUCUGCCAUCGUGACAAGCUGCUGGAUAGUUUCAUAAUCAAUUACGCUGCCGUGGUUUUCAGUCUAUGGAAAUUGAGAGGCACAGAGGUUGGUGCUUCCUUCCUGCAAAAAUGGGUAGAAAGACUUUUGGAAACCUUUCACCGGGACGAAAAGACACUCACUCAACAAGGCAAGGAAGAUGACCAAGACUCUGCAUUCGUGAUGUCCAAAGAGUGCAAUAAUUUGAUCGCUUUCCUCUCGUACUGUUACAACUUUGGGCUGGUCUCUUCUCGCCUCAUCUAUGAUGUCAUUGAAAUGCUGAUCAAGACUCCCAACGAAUUUACCACCGAGCUCUUAUUAAGGAUCAUCUCUAUCUCGGGUCAACUUAUCCGUGGUGACGAUCCCAAGGGCUUAAAAGUCAUUAUAUCCGAGCUCUUGACCAAUGUGAAGAAUAUCAAGCAAUCACCAAGAAUGAAGUUCUUACUCGAAGUCAUGACUGAUCUGAAAAAUAACAGACUAAAACCGUCACUGUUGGCUACAAGUCAUUCGGGAGUGAAGAAAAGUAUAUCAAAUUUCAUCAGCGGCACGGUUUCUUCUUCCAGCGACCCAUUACAAGUGACACUAGACGACAUUGAGAAUAUUGAAACCAAGGGAAAAUGGUGGCUGGUCGGUGCUUCUUGGAAAGGCAAUCUAGAGUCUGCUUUCGAAGACAAGAAGAGUCGAGAAAAUGGUACAAGAUUAUCAAAGAGCACGCUUGUGGUAAACGAUGAUAUGCUCGAUGACAUUCCUAACUGGGGGGAGAUCGCAAGGUCUCAAAGAAUGAACACGGAAGUCAGAAGAGCCUUGUUUGUCAGUGUGAUGUCGGCACAAGAUUUCAUGGAUGCGUUCGCUAGAAUUGACAAACUGAAUCUCAAAAAUAAACAGAGUUUAGAGAUUCCAAGGGUCUUACUGCACUGUUUGGCUAUGGAAGGUAUCAAGGGCUCUUACAAUCCAUUUUAUUCCUUACUGGGUGUGAAGCUAAGUCAGCAUCACCAUCAUGUAGCCAAGGCUUUUCAAUUCAUGUUCUGGGAUAUGGUCAAAAAGUUCGAGCGAGAGGACGAUUCGGACGUCGAGAACGCGCUCGACGACGAAGAUGACCUGGAUGAAGAUAAGAAACUAAAGAAAAUUUCAUGUCAAGGCAGAUUUUUCGGCCUUCUCUUGGCCGAGGAGGUUUUGAAACUAGACAUCUUUAAGCAUGUUCCUCUGAUGGGUGGUCUGAGCGGAGAGGGAGCGUUGUUUGUCGAAAUUAUGAUCUUUCAAUUCUUACUAUCCAUUGCCAAAAAGUGCGAAGUGAAAAAGAAUUCUGGAGGCGUACGGACGAUAUCUUACGAGAGUGCAGCAUUUGAAAGGUUGAUUGAGCACAGCUCUACUUUUGAGAACAGCGCAUCAGUUUAUGCCGCUUUGAACGUCUUUUUGAAAAAACGGUUCAAAUACCAAGCCUUUGUAACGGAGCAAGAGGGAACGAGGGACUACGAACGGCAAAUUAGAAGACUGGAAUGGGCUUUCCCACAAUUUCUUGAAUUGAUAAAGACAGGUCUGAAAGGCCAAGGUUAUUAA